AUGCAGCUUUUCAAUGCUAGCGGUCUAAUAGUGCCCACAACUGGGGGUAUGCCCACAUUUUUGGGAAACGUAUCUGACUCGGCAUUACUUGACUACAUCAGCAUGUAUGCUUGGCCAUUUGUUUAUGAGCUUCUGCCAUAUAUCGCCAGUGCGCAUAGCCAGAUGACACCAGGACUGUUAAACAACACGCUUUAUGAUGUUUUGUCGAAGAACGAUGCGAUCGGAGAAGUUCAAACAAAUGCAAUGUCGGCUAAUGUGACAUGUGGAUUUCUACCCAAUGCAACUAUUCGGGCCGUUGAAAAUUCACUUGUGAACGCAACAACAACACUCGGCGUCAUAGCGAAUUUAUGGACUGUGGAAGCCGUUCUUACAUGGCUUGACCUAGCGCCUCUAGUGAUUAAUACCAUCAUGCAACUGCCGUCGAACUGGGAAUUGAGGGGAAGCGCCGCUUCAAUGAAUUGUCCGCAAGGGCGUGACAUUCUAUUUGUUGUCUCGACCAACGUCUCAGACAGUAAUGGAGCUUUCAAAAGCUCAGUCAAAUUUCCUUCGGAAUAUCCUCCCUCGCAGAUCAACAUGUGGAUUUGGUAUAGCGCGCACUUGUCCAGCGAUGAUUUGGUUUUGACUAACACCCACGUUUCGUUAUCCAAGUGGGCAGCUAUGUUCGAUACUGCGCCGGAAUGGCAGGGUAUCGGCAUAUUCUAUGUACAGGAAAUAUUUACGAAUAUCUUCGCCAGUGAGCUCAAGUCACCUGAUGUUGUUGAGCAGUAUCUCAUCCAGACAUUCAAUAUGACUCCUGGGGAGCCUUUGCAGACCACACUAACUCUAGACCAGAUUGAGAAUGGGUUGGCAAACCUGACAGCCUCAUUAUACUGGGCAGAGUCCAGUCUUUUGCCGAACAUGCGAAGCUUCCAACUGUAUCUCUAUGAGAAUGGGCCUCCGAACAAGACUCUCUUCAGCGUGGAGCGCGGGAGCGUGAUCGCUGCUCAAUUGGCAGCUCGUUUGAAUUUGAACAUCUUACCAAUAUCAAUAGGACUUGCAGCAUCUUUAGUGCUGUUAGCCCUAUCAAUCUCAUUGACCCGUGGAAAAAAUAACAAAGAUAUUGCUAUACAAUCAUUCGGUAUCCUUGACCUUGCUUGGCUCAUUUCAGAAAAGUACGAACUGCGAGAGAUCGUCGGACGUGUGGAGGACCCAACAAUAGAGAACCUGCGAGCUGCAGGCAUGACGCCCAUUACCAUUGUCAGAAGGAAGACGUACGAAGCAAGUGUAUACAUGGGCUUAGACUCGGAUCGAAACGAUUCAUCCACCAUUAUUAUUGUUUGA